AACGUGAAAACCGAAGGGAAUGAAAGAAAAUUCAGAUUCACCGCGCAGAGGCUGAUCUUCUGCUUCUUCUUCGUCUUCAGAAAAUAGGGUUUAGGGUUUUCGUUUCCGAAAAAUCCCCAAUUCAGUGACUUCAGAACAGCGUCGUUUCAUGAUUUCAUCACCAUAUCCGCCAAUGGGGACCGAAGUGGUGGUCACGACGGACCGAGUCCAGAAGUUCUUCGAGGACCUGGAGGCGCAGAAGGCGAUUCUCUCCACCUCUACCAAGCUUUUCACAACCCUCUCCGACCACUUCGAUUCCCUCCAGAAAUCCAUUUCCGAGAAAUCCCAUUCUCUCGAAUCCAAAAUCCAAUCCCUGGAAUCCCGUUCCCGCGAAACCUUACAAUCCCUCGACCACCGCGAGGCCUCCAUCCCGGAGCGCGAGUCCUCCACCGCUGCUCGAAUCGAGGAGCAGAAAGCCGCGGCCUUGGCCGAGGUGGAGAAGAAUGCUUUUGGGGAUUUGGAUUUGGCGGAGACCCUGAAAUCGUUUUGCAGGAAAAUGGACUCCCAGGGUUUGGUGAAGUUCAUCGUGUCGAAGCGGAAGGAAUCGAUAUCGCUCCGGGCGGAGAUUGUACAGGCGAUUUCGGAGGCGGUGGACCCGCUAAGAUUGGUGCUUGAUGCAUUGGAAGAUUUUUUGGAUUCUAAAGCCAAGAAAUUCGGGGUUACCGAUAAGAGGUGGGCGUGCGGGCUGUUAGUUCAGGCUCUGUUUCCGGAGGGUAAGCCCAAUGCUGGCACGAAAGGGCCGGAGUUUUCUAGGAGCAUGGUGGAGAGAGCGGCGGGGAUUGCAGAUAUGUGGAAGGCGCAGAUGGAUGGAGAUUCAAACGGUGGUGGCGGGACAUUGGGGGCUGCGGAGGCGGUGAUGUUUGUGCAAAUGCUCGUUGGGUUUCGAUUGAAGGAGAAGUUCGGUGAGGAGUUCUUUAGGAAGUUGGUAAUGGAGCACGCAGCGAGGAGGGAUAUGGCAAAGCUAGCAAGGGCUCUAGAAUUCGGAGAGAAAAUGGGAGAUGUCAUUGAUGAGUUAGUGAAGAAUGGCAAGGAAAUAGAGGCUGUAUAUUUUGCUUCUGAGUCUGAUUUGACCGAGAGAUUUCCUCCUGUUUCUCUGCUCAAGUCGUAUCUCAAGAACUCCAGAAAGAAUGCUGCGACCAUAUUGAAGAAUGGCAAUAAUAGUGUGGCUGCUACUGAGGAAUCGAGCACAUUUGAGUUGAAUUCCAUCAAAGCAAUCAUCAAAUGUGUAGAAGACCACAAGCUUGAAUCAGAGUUUUCUCUUGAGAACUUAAGAAAGCGGGCCACUCAUUUGGAGAAAGCCAGGACAGAAAGGAAGAAGAGAUCAGCAUCUUCCAGCAGGCCUCAUAAUAAUAAGCGAGCCUACGGUGGCAGUGGAGGUGGUGGCAGCGGCAGUGGUGGGGGUGGUGGCCAAGGGGUUGGACAGUCUUCUUCCCGCCCUGCCAAAGCCGCCAAGUUUUCCAAUGCAUACCCCUCCUUCACCCGCAGGAACCCAAAUCCUCUUCCACAGCAUAGCCCUGCAACAAGAUACUCUGGUCCUUAUAAUUACCCGAGCCAAAGUGUGUACGAUGGUCCAACAGUAGCAUCAUACGGAUCCACAUACGGAGCUCCCCCUGCUCAAAGCCCCGCUGCUCUUCCGUCGCAACACUACUCCCUUUCUGGGGACAGCUUGGGUGCUGCCGGCUUCCGAAGUAGUGGCGCUUAUGGUGGCCAGACCAACUACGGGUACGCAAGUGCUGCUCCACCAGCGUACCAGCCUCCUUCGUAUCCGCAAUAGUUAGAAGCAAAACAUAUAGCUUAGAUGAUGGAAGUUUCUUUUUUAAUUUUUUUUUAAGAGUCCCUCCAAUUGUAUAAUGACAUGUGGCGUACCGAACCUUGUUCCGGUCACACUGAAAAAUCUCUUCAUGGAUGUAUACCUACACAUUCAUAAUGUCAAGAUUUUGAUUCUCUCCGUUGGAUGCAA